GAAACUCAGGAGAGCGUACUGGGUCCGGCGGCUUACUUAUCUCAGAUCGAAGAGCUCCCCACGACAGUCAACGAGGAACAGGUGGAGACGUUGGAGUAUAAGAUUGAGGCAAUGGAAUUAGCAAAGGAGUUGGCGGAGGAACAG